AUGAUGGGCUGCGUGCGCCAGGUCUCGGGGGAGGAUGUGAUAUCUGAGCAAGAAUUUCGUGCGUGGUGGGAGGAGCAGCGCAAGCAGCGAGAGGACGGCGUUUGUUUCUUCCAUGUGCUCAGGCAAGAGGUGGCGAAGCGAAUGCGGGUGCCGCACGUUCGGCGUCUCCAGCUGGUGUGCGACGGGAACAUUCUGACACCAAGCGAUGGUUGGAUGAAUGCUGAGCUGACGGUCGUGGUUCGGCCGUGUCCAGCGGGAUGCUAUGCCCAGAAGCUGAGCCACGCGGUCAGAACGACCGACCUCCAAGAGCUCAACCGUCUUCUGGAUCUACCGUGUGACCCGGACGGUAACAGAGACAUAUCUCCUUUGCAUGAGGCUGUUCAGCUCGGCGUGAUGAGGGCUAUUCAAUUUUUGCUUGAAGCUGGCGCUGACAUCAACAAGGCUUCUCCGGAAGGGCGCACGCCCUUGCAUGUUGCGGCUGCACUCAGCAACGGCUCAAGUUUUGUGAGACGCCUGGUGGCAGCCAGUGCUGACCUGGACAGGGCAGACAACAGUGGACUCACGCCCAUGCACCUUGCUGUGCAGACUGACAGGAGGGCAACGAGAUUCUUGGUGAGAGCCGGAGCUGACAAGGACAGGGCAGACAACAGUGGAAGCACACCCAUGCAUUUUGCUGCGGCUUCUGGCAAUGUGGAAAUGGUGCGCGGCUUGCUGAGCGAUCGUGCUUCAUUCGACAAGGUCGACAAUUCAGGGCGUUUGCCUCGAGAUGUUGCUGAGAAUCAAGAAGUGGCGGGCCUUUUGACUAGGAAGAAGCGACGAAAGUCCAAAGUGACUUGA